GCGGGGCCGCGGCGCGCAGGCGUCCUAGCAGCGGAUCCCUGCGGCUCGGGAUGGAGGCUGAGCAUUUGUUUUGCCUUUGAGUCUUGCCAUUCCUCUGAAGAACAGAAGACACUUAUAAAACUCUACACUUUGCCUUGCAUUCUAUAAGCAAAAUGGAUAUACAAAAUCCCCCAACUUCCAAAUGUAUCACAUACUGGAAGAGAAAAGUUAAAUCUGAAUACAUGCGACUUCGGCAGCUUAAACGGCUUCAGGCAAAUAUGGGUGCAAAGGCUCUAUAUGUAGCAAAUUUUGCAAAAGUUCAAGAAAAAACCCAGAUCCUCAAUGAAGAAUGGAAGAAGCUUCGUGUCCAACCUGUUCAGUUGAUGAAGCCCGUGAGUGGGCAUCCUUUUCUCAAAAAGUGUACCAUAGAGAGCAUUUUCCCGGGAUUUGCAAGCCAGCAUAUGUUAAUGAGGUCUCUGAACACAGUUGCAUUGGUUCCCAUUAUGUAUUCCUGGUCCCCUCUUCAGCAGAACUUUAUGGUAGAAGAUGAGACCGUUUUGUGCAAUAUUCCCUACAUGGGCGAUGAGGUGAAGGAAGAAGAUGAGACUUUCAUUGAGGAGCUGAUCAAUAACUACGAUGGCAAAGUCCAUGGUGAAGAAGAGAUGAUUCCUGGCUCUGUGCUGAUUAGUGAUGCUGUUUUCCUGGAGUUGGUAGAUGCUCUGAAUCAAUACUCGGAUGAGGAGGAGGACGGGCACAAUGACAACUCAGAUGGAAAGCAAGAUGACAGCAAAGAAGAUCUGCCAGUAACGAGAAAGCGAAAACGACAUGCUAUUGAAGGCAACAAAAAGAGUUCCAAGAAGCAGUUCCCAAACGACAUGAUCUUCAGUGCGAUCGCCUCCAUGUUCCCUGAGAACGGCGUCCCGGAUGACAUGAAGGAGAGGUAUCGAGAACUCACAGAGAUGUCAGACCCCAACGCUCUUCCCCCUCAGUGCACCCCCAACAUUGAUGGCCCCAAUGCCAAGUCCGUGCAGCGGGAGCAGUCUCUGCACUCCUUCCACACACUUUUCUGCCGGCGCUGCUUUAAAUACGACUGCUUCCUUCAUCCUUUUCAUGCCACCCCUAAUGUAUAUAAACGCAAGAACAAAGAAAUCAAGAUUGAGCCAGAGCCAUGUGGCACAGACUGCUUCCUUUUGCUGGAAGGAGCAAAGGAGUACGCCAUGCUCCACAACCCUCGCUCCAAGUGCUCAGGGCGUCGCCGGCGAAGGCACCACGUGGUCAGCGCUUCCUGCUCCAACACUUCAGCCUCUGCUGUGGCUGAGACUAAAGAAGGGGACAGUGACAGGGACACUGGCAAUGACUGGGCCUCCAGUUCUUCAGAGGCUAAUUCUCGCUGUCAGACCCCCACAAAGCAGAAGGCUAGUCCAGCCCCACCUCAGCUCUGCGUAGUAGAAGCGCCCUCAGAGCCCGUGGAAUGGACCGGGGCUGAAGAAUCUCUUUUUCGAGUCUUCCAUGGCACCUACUUCAACAACUUCUGUUCUAUAGCUAGGCUUCUGGGGACUAAGACAUGCAAGCAGGUCUUCCAGUUCGCAGUGAAAGAAUCACUUAUCCUGAAGCUGCCAACAGAUGAGCUCAUGAACCCCUCGCAGAAGAAGAAGAGAAAGCACAGGUUGUGGGCUGCACACUGCAGGAAAAUUCAGCUGAAGAAAGAUAACUCCUCCACUCAAGUGUACAACUACCAACCCUGCGACCACCCGGACCGCCCCUGUGACAGCACCUGUCCCUGCAUCAUGACUCAGAAUUUCUGUGAGAAGUUUUGCCAGUGCAACCCCGACUGUCAGAAUCGCUUUCCUGGCUGUCGCUGUAAGACCCAGUGCAAUACCAAGCAGUGCCCAUGCUACCUGGCGGUGCGAGAGUGCGACCCCGACCUGUGUCUCACCUGUGGUGCCUCAGAGCACUGGGACUGCAAGGUGGUUUCCUGUAAGAACUGCAGCAUCCAGCGCGGCCUCAAGAAGCACCUGCUGCUGGCCCCCUCAGAUGUGGCCGGAUGGGGCACCUUCAUCAAGGAGUCUGUGCAGAAGAAUGAAUUCAUUUCUGAAUACUGUGGUGAGCUCAUCUCUCAGGAUGAGGCUGAUCGACGAGGGAAGGUCUAUGACAAGUACAUGUCCAGCUUCCUCUUCAACCUCAACAAUGAUUUUGUGGUGGAUGCUACCCGGAAAGGAAACAAAAUUCGAUUUGCAAACCACUCAGUGAACCCCAACUGUUACGCCAAAGUGGUCAUGGUGAAUGGGGAUCAUCGGAUUGGGAUCUUUGCCAAGAGGGCAAUUCAAGCUGGCGAAGAGCUCUUCUUUGAUUACAGGUACAGCCAAGCUGAUGCCCUCAAGUACGUGGGGAUCGAGAGGGAGACCGAUGUCCUUUAGGCCCCUUGGGCCCCACACCAGCGCUUAUGGUAGCGGCACUGUCCUGCUUUCAUGCACACACCACUGCUGCUCGGAGUUUCCUGCACUGUGUGUCUCCCACACCGAGAAACCCCCACCUGCCCCAUCUAGUGAGGCCUCUGCUGUGUCCAGUGGGGACAGAACUAUCUCAGUGAGAGGGGAGACAGAGGCAGCUAGGGCUUGGGCUCCCGGGAGAGAGAGUCGCACAAGUGGGAGACUGCAUCUCAGGCCUCGGAGGAGGAGCGCACAGGCUGGGGGCGGGUAGCUUAGGCUUAAGUUCUUAUCAGCUGCCCAGGCCACGGGCCUCAGGAAUCAACUUGGACAGCUCCUAACAAGCAUUAGCCUGUAACUCUGACUUUCCGAAUCAAGAGUCCUUCUGUAGUUGGGUGGCCAGCGUACCUCCCUGUGGUCCCAAGACCUGGAGAGGAGAGGCUAAGUGACAUUUGGUCCCAGGAACCUGUGAGUGGGCAAGGUUAGAGGUGAGCCUGAUGGGCAGCACAGACUGACCUCAGAGGGGCGGUGGGUCACCUUACUCUCCCUCUUUCAAACCAAAAGAGUGUGGGCUCUAAGUGUGGAUAUUCAGUGCUGGGAGAAGGAAAGCCAGGUGCCAUCCUUCCAUAGACAAAGUGGGAACCAGCCUGACGAUGGUAAUUAAACUGCCAAACCUGGGGCCCAGCAGGCUUUGAGAAACCUCCUCUAUAUGCCCUGGAGAUGGAUGGCUAAGUUUUCAGAUUCCUGGGAGCAGGUGCCAGUGCCCUGUCAGCUCCUUCCAAAGUUUUCUCUUAGCAGCUGCAGGCAGACAUUGGGCCACUGCUGAAGAGGCGGAGGGGGAUGUGGCCUGGGUGUGACGCUGGUUUCCUGCAGCUGUAGUCCUUUGCAGGCCUUUCAUUCCCCUGAGAGGCUAGGCCUACGGGGCCACUCUGGCUUCUCUCUUCUGGGUAGAGGGGCGCAGGCCUGGACUAGUGAGGGGGAAGGUUGUUUGCUGAUUACUUUCCUGUCUGUAGCGCCUGCUGUUGGAAAGGGUGAGUUGACAGUGUUUGGAGGUGGGUGAGGAGCUCGCAAAUUGCACGUGUUUAGGAUGGCAUCAUGCAUGCAGUGCAGACUGGCAGAGGGUAUGUGAAGUCUCGAGAAGACGCAGGCCAACCACCCAUGCCAGUUCAUGGUGCCAUUCUCUCUGGGAGUCAGGCAGAGCAAAGCACUUUAUUUCCUUUAGAAGGUCUAUAGAUUGAGACGGAGUUUGAGCUAAGGGCUCUGGGGUCCCCGCCCGCAUCUUGUUCUUGAGGGAGAGGGAAGGAGACAGUGGAAGCUUCCCUCCAGUUCCGUCUCAUGUCCUGGUGGAGUCAGGAGGAGCUGCCUUGAAACAGAACUGCGUGAGAAGGGCACUAGCUCGAAGAGCUGCGCCUGUAUCCACAGUUGGUGCUGAGCUGCAGGGAUUAAGGAGCCUUGCACUGGGUAAAAAGACGUGGGCAGGUACAGACUGGCCCGGGGAGUGUUAGAUCGGGAUCAGCUUCUCCCUUCUCUCUGGGGAAUCAGAGCCUCUCUCCCCCACCCCACCCCCCAGUCUAGGCUGCCCACUCCCUUCCUCUAACCCCAUUGGCUGUCCUGUGAAGCAGGGAGUGGGGGUCCCUCUGGCCAAGCUGUCACCUAGGGAUUUUUGUGGGACACACACACACACACACACACACCACACACACCACACACACUCACAUACUCUCACUCACCACACUUGUGGGCACACAUGCACUCAGCACUGACACACGCCUAGCCAGUUCCUGACAGAAGCCUCUUCCCACCUGACGGGGCCAGCCCCGCCAUGAGUCUGAAAUCUACGUCUGCUGUGGUUUGUAUGCACUGUGUACUGGAGACACACGCUAGCUGGACUGCGGGAUCUGAAUUACUCAUAAAUUAUAGAGAAAAACCAGAGACAGAUGAAGAAGGAGUUAGGACUGUCUGAAGUGCCAGGGGCUGGCUGUGAGGAGUAGGUGGGGAAAAAAAUUACUUCCAGCCUUUGAGAGGCUCAGCUGAGCCCACCCUUCCCUCGGUGUGCAGAGUCACUGCGGCUGAUCCCCUCCUUCCCCAGCAUCAGACCACUAAGACUCCUGUUCCUCCAGCAUUCCCAUCCCUUUCCCCUGCCACCCCUCACCUUUAAAUGACGGGUCUCAACCCCUCCCCCCGCACAUGUAAUGAUGGAUGGAGCAAGGUGGUGGGACGUGGGGGGAGGCUGGCAUAUGUGCGACUUUAUUGCCAGUGGAUUUCACGCACUUUAAAGUCCUGUGGCUUGUGACCUCUUAUCUGAAUAAAAUGGUAGAAUCCA